ACAAACACACACACAUUUCUAUAUCUAUAUAUAUAUUAUAUCUCCCAAACCCACCACCGUACAACCACCAUAAUCCACCACCAUGGGUGCCAACUCAUCACUCUUAACUUCAAAUACUUCAUUCGGGUCGGACCAUCCGUCAAGACUCAAACUUGGUGACAUCCCAGAAUCGUGCGUGGCCUUAAUUUUAUCUCAAUUAGACCCACCUGAAAUUUGCAAAUUAGCAACAUUAAGUCGAUCUUUUAGAUCAGCUUCUUCUGCUGAUUUCAUCUGGGAUACUAAAUUGCCAUCUAAUUACCUUAACUUGGUUAAUGAUUACAUCAUUCAUGACGCGGAAAUUUUGGGGAAAUAUGAAAUUUAUGCCCGUUUGACCCGACCCGUUUCGUUUGAUUCCGGAAACAAGGAAUUUUGGGUGGAUAAGAGAAGUGGGGGUGUUUGUUUGUCGGUUUCGUCUAAGGCGUUGGCGAUCACUGGAAUUGAUGAUCGGAGAUAUUGGAAUUACAUUCCUACCCAUGAAUCAAGAUUUCGUACAAUUGCAUACCUUCAACAAAUAUGGUGGUUAGAGGUAGAAGGAGACAUUGACUUCCAGUUUCCACCCGGGACGUACUCCUUGUUGUUCAGACUACGUCUCGGGAGGUUUACAAAACGACCAGGACGUCGGAUGCCAAACCAGGAGGGCGUCCAUGGUUGGGACAUAAAGCCGGUCCAGUUCCAGCUCACAUUACCAGAUGGUCAGCAUAGUGUCUCAAAGUGUUUCUUGGAAAACACGGCGAACUGGGAGUACCACCACGUUGGAGAUUUUGUGGUUGAUGGUUCGAAUGUGUCUACAAAGAUUAAGUUUUCUUUGACACAAAUCGACUGCACACACACGAAAGGUGGUCUUUCUGUAGACUCGGUUCUUAUAUGUCCUAGUAGUUUGGUUAAAGAUUUUAGGGCUUUGUUAUAAUGAUAAUGAUCCGUUUUUAAUCACAUUUUUUUAGUGGUUGUAGACGUUAGCGAAGGUAGGUAGUUCGUAGAGGAAGUAUGCCGCUAUGGGUGCCUGCUUGAUGUUGUAAACAUUGUAUGACACUCUGUUUUGACAGUUCUGUUUUUGAUUAGUGUUGUAAAAAACACUGUAUGACACUCGAUUUUGACA